AUGGCAUGGCAUUCGCCGACAGAAACGUCAGCGUUAGACGGAAACCUUCCUCCCCGACCACCUCUCAAUCAGCAACAGUCUAAUUCACUUCCCUCGACCCCAUACCAGCACUCCCGUGGAUUAUCGUUCCAUUCAAGGUCACCGUCACCACGGCGACGAACAAUGGCAUAUUUCCGCCGGCGGAUGCCGUACAGCAUCGGAGGCGAUUUGUUACCCGAGGACAAAAUUGGGUUGAAGGAAAAUCUUAGCCGCCAAGAGGAAGCGAGGUUAAGUGCAGACAUGCAAGAGCUCUAUACGCAACUCUUGCCAUCCGCUGAGAGUGAUGAUCGCCGACGACAGCUUGUCCAAAAAUUGGAAACUCUUUUUAACAAGCAGUGGCCAGGCAAUAACAUCAAAGUUCACGUCUUUGGCUCUUCGGGGAAUAAAUUAUGCUCAAGUGAUUCUGAUGUUGAUAUCUGUAUCACCACUUCCUUUAAGCAACUAGAGAAUGUUUGCUUAUUAGCAGAGGUUUUGGCACAGCAUGGAAUGGAGCGAGUUGUUUGUGUUUCUCAUGCUAGGGUGCCAAUCGUGAAGAUAUGGGACCCGCAAUUGAAAUUGGCGUGUGACAUGAACGUGAAUAACACAUUAGCUCUGGAAAACACACGUAUGAUCCGCACCUACGUGGAUGUCGAUCAGCGUGUCCGCCCAUUAGCUAUGAUAAUCAAGCACUGGACAAAAAGGAGGGUUCUCAAUGAUGCUGCACUAGGAGGCACAUUGAGUUCCUACACCUGGAUAUGUCUGAUCAUAAAUUUCCUGCAAACUCGUGAUCCACCAAUUCUCCCAAGCCUGCAACAGCGCCCUCAUAAACCCCAGAAAAUCAUUGAUGGUAUCCAAGUAUCAUUUGACGAUGAUCUCGAAUCCUUACGAAGCUAUGGUCAAUAUAACACGCAAACAUUAGGAGAGCUACUUUUUCACUUCUUCCGUUAUUACGGCCAUGAGAUGAAUUAUGAAAAGCACGUCGUCUCUGUCCGGCAGGGUAAAUUAAUAUCGAAGGAGGGCAAGGGAUGGCAUCUUUUGCAAAACAAUCGAUUAUGUGUGGAAGAGCCGUUCAAUACAAUUCGAAACCUGGGAAAUACAGCCGAUGAUACGUCCUUCCGUGGCUUACACACGGAACUACGCAGGGCAUUCAAAGCCAUCUCCGAGGCUGAUCUAGAUAAAUGCUGUGAACAGUUCGUCUUUCCACCUGAGGAAGAGCGCAUUUUCGAACGACCAGCUCCACAACCUCGACCGAUCCUUGCUCCAAUAUCUUCGCAACCAUCUGGGCGGGGUGGUAGAGGCGGCGGCCGUGGCGCCAGGCAUUCGAAUCAAUUUGGUCGUGGUGGCAAUAAUUCGUCACGUCGUUCCUCCAGUGCGACAAAUCGUACCACGACUGGGAACAGCUUCCGUUCAAAUCAUAUCCAAUUGUCACCGGACAUGAAUAACCUUCAUGCUCAACAGGCGCAGUAUCUACUCCACGAUCAACUGUACCAACAAAUACAAAUUCUCCAGGCCCAAGAGCAGGAGCUGCGAAUGCAGCUACAUAACCAGUCUCUUUUAACUGGCCGGCCUCCACCUGUGCUAAUUCGCCAACCUUUGAUUCAGUUUUCAUUUCCACAGCACGAGGUCGCCACAGAUGACAGCUCUCGAGCUCGGGCGGGCACUGUCAACCAUCCGCCAUUGACCUCUUUCCGCCCAGGAAUGUUUUAUGCUCCAGCUUACGUGCAAGUCGCCCCACAAAAUCUUCAAGGAAGCAAUACAAACCCGCCGUCUCCGUCACCUUCUCAUGCUGUCCCUGAACUUCGUCGUAACCAUCGCCGGUCAUCCGUUGCUAAUGGCUCUCCGAGUGGAUCAUUGCGAUCCCAUUCACAGCCUGCGAGAUCAGUACACUCUCCAGUUUUGCAAGGUUUGACUCCGUUAUACUCAUCGAUACCCAAUGACAGUUCUCGUAAUUCACGAGAACGUCUACCGCCGGGCUCUCCAAGCCGUACCGAAACCGAUUCAAGUCUGCAGUCUGUUUCGGUUUCGACGGUACCCACCCCUACUUUCUUUGACGAUCAUCGAACCACAGAAUUUGGCGGAUACUAUGUGAUGCCGCAAAAUUACCAUCAAAACUUGAUGGCUAUGUCUCUUCCUGCCACUGCCUAUAUUCAAACUGCGGACUAUCGUUCAGCCAUGCCUGUGUAUCCCGAUCCUUUUGGUAUUGCGUCAGACCAUGGAUCUGCAUCCAAUGGCCAGGCCGCCUCACCCCGUGCUCUGUCAAUACCCAGACAAGCUCCUCGUGACCGUGGGCCUCUAAUCAUUGAUGGCUCCGUCCCGCCUCAGGAGUCGAAAGCAUCGUCUCGCGACGAUUACACAGAUCGAUAUGUUUACCAACCGGCUCCUGGGUUUGGUGAGACUGCAGUAGGCUGGGAUUCGCCAUCCAAGAAACCCGAUGUUCCUUCAAACGGAGUCCAUGAACCAACCACAUUCGAGAUGGAUCCUUUCUCUUUGACGAAUAGUGAACACGACAGCCAUAAUCAGGCGGCUCAUAAACAACAACAACAAGUGGUUAGAGGCCCUGAUUCGGCUCUCAGCAGCCAGCUCCAAGGGUUGCACGUGACGACUUCUGGCAGCACUGAAGACUCAAAGUCAUUCUCAGAACGAAAGAGUGCGAAGUCAGGUCAAGCUAACGGUGACUUGCCCUCCAAGCAUGCUGUUCAUCAACGGUCUCAAGGAAAAUCAACCGAGAAGUCUUCGGCAACGACGAAUCAUACAUCGUAUAAAGAGAGCUUGCCAUCUUCACCUACAACACGGAACCGUGUAAACGGCCUGGAUUCAGACAAGUUGAAUGGGUUGCACCACAACCAUAAAUUCAAGACGAAGAAUUCCCAAGAUACACACGCUGUCUCAUCUUUAUCUUCAUUAAGUCGAAAAGAUCCCCAACUGGCUUCGCUCCCACGCAAACCUGACGGAUUACCGUUACCUGCAGGAGGCCGGGACCACAAUCACGUCAAUGGAGGCUGGCAGACUACCAAGAAGAAGCAUAAGCGCAACGCAAAGUCUAUGGUAGAGACACAACACUCCAAUUUGGCCGAACCUCUACCGUUGGAUGAAUCCCUCAGAAAGGGUGGUUGA